GUUUGUCACAAUGUUGCAUGUAAUGAAUAAAACGUACGUACUUGCUUACAUCGUCGUGGCUUGGCGCAACGUUGGCAUGCCAUCAAUGUCGUUGUGCGACUUUUAACUUUAAAACGACCACCGCCGCCUUUUACGUAUACUUGACCAGCUUGUCAUUCAAGAUCGCUGGACAACAACUCCCGACUUGACCAAAGCAUGCUGGCUAUAUAAACAUUUUUGCCAUUUUGAAUACACAUGCAACGAACAAGCACCAACGCGGGGGCCACGGGGCUCGGGGGUGGCUGGACGGCCCCCCUGGACCUCGGACGCUUCUUGCCGGCCUCAGAGGCCACCGACACGGAUGAGUACAUGUCCGAGGACCCUGCGGAGCGGGAGGAGCGCAUCAACGAGGACGUUCACCAGCUUGCCCGUCGGCUCACAUCACAAUCCCAUGGCGCCGCCGUCGGCGCCCUCUUCCCCGUCCCCGCCGACGGCCCCUUAAACCCCGAGAGCCCAGACUUCAACGCGAGAAAGUGGGCAAGGGCCUUUUACAACCUCAGGAAGGACGCCCUGGAGGGGAAUCCGCCCAAAACGACGGGCGUCGCCUUCAAGAACCUCAGCGCGUACGGGUUCGGCACCGAGACCGACUUCCAAAAGAGCGUCGGCAACAUCUUCCUCGAGGCCGGCACCAUUCUCAAAAGGUUGAUCCGCGGCAACACCCGGCGCAUAGACAUCCUGAGAGACCUCGAAGGCGUGGUCAACGACGGAGAGAUGGUCGCCGUCCUCGGCCCUCCCGGCUCCGGCUGCUCGACCUUUCUCAAGACGAUUGCCGGAGAGACCCAUGGCUUCCACAUCUCCGACGACGCGACCGUCAACUACCAGGGCAUCCACCCCAAGCAGAUGAAGUCUGCCUUCCGCGGCGAGGCCAUCUACGCCGCCGAGGUCGACGAGCACUUUCCCUAUCUCACCGUCGGCGACACCCUCGCGUUUGCCGCCUGGGCCCGCUGUCCCAAGACCAUCCCGGACGGCGUCACGCAGAGGGAGUACAUUGAGCACGUGCGCGACGUCACCAUGAACAUCCUGGGGAUAUCGCACACCAAGAACACGCGCGUCGGCAACGACUUUGUCCGCGGCGUGAGCGGCGGCGAGAGGAAGCGCGUCACCAUCGCCGAGGCGGCGCUCAGCUACUCGCCCCUCCAGUGCUGGGACAACAGCACGCGAGGUCUGGAUAGUGCCAACGCCAUCGAGUUCUGCAAGACGCUGCGGACACAGGCCGACGUGAUGGGCACCACGUCUUUUGUUGCCAUCUAUCAAGCGCCCCAAGCCGCCUAUGACCUCUUCGACAAAGUCUUGGUUCUUUACCAAGGAAGGCAAAUCUUCUUUGGCAAAGCCGCAGACGCCAGGGCCUACUUCGAGGACCUCGGCUUCGAGUGCCCCGAGCAGCAGACAACUGCGGAUUUCUUGACCUCCAUGACCAGCUCCGCAGAGCGCGUCAUCCGACCCGGCUGGGAGGGAAGGACGCCUCGAUCUCCCGACGAGUUCGCGAGGGCCUGGAAGGACAGCAAGUCGCGGGCGCGCAUCCUUUCCGAAUGCGACGACUACGCCGCCGCCCACCCGUUCAACAGCGGGGAUCUCCACGACUUCUCUGCGACCCGGGCCAUGGUCAAGUCCCCCUCGCAGCGCCUCAAGUCGCCAUACACCCUCUCCUAUCUCAAGCAGCUCAAGAUCAACAUGUGGCGAGGCCUCGUCAUGUUGAAGACGGACCCGAGCAUGACCUUGACCAUGCUCAUCACCAACUUCUUCGAGGCUCUCAUCAUCAGCAGCAUCUUCUACAACCUCCCCGCCAACACGAGCAGCUUCGACAAGCGCGGCCUGCUCAUCUUCUUCAUCAUUCUCAUGAACGCAUUCAGUAGCAUACUCGAGAUCCUAACCCUCUACUCGAAGCGAAAGAUUGUCGAGAAACACAGCCGCUACGCCCUCUACCACCCCAGCGCAGAGGCACUGGCCUCCAUCAUCGUCGAUUUGCCUUAUAAAAUCACCAACGCUAUCCUCAUGAACACGACCCUGUAUUUCAUGUGCAACUUGCGCAGAGAGCCAGGGCCGUUCUUCUUUUUCCUCCUCUUCAGCUUCACCACGACCCUCACCAUGUCCAUGUUCUUCCGUCUUAUCGGAUCUACUACAAAGUCCAUCGCUCAGGCACUGGCGCCUGCAUCCAUCAUGUUGCUCGGUCUGGUGCUCUACACGGGCUUCACGAUCCCAGUGCAGUACAUGCGUGGCUGGAUUGGUUGGUGUCGAUGGGCAAAUCCAAUCUACUACAGCCUCGAGUCCGCAACGCUCAAUGAGUUCGUCGGUCGCGACUUUCCUUGUUCGAGCUUUGUGCCACAGGGGCCGGGAUACGACGACGCUCCUCUCAGUUCUCGUGCGUGCUCGGUUCAGGGCGCCGUCCCCGGUCAGCAGACCGUCUCCGGUGCGGCCUAUCUCGCUGCGGCAUUCCAGUAUGACAACUCGCAUCGAUGGCGCAACUACGGCAUACUCCUCGCUUUCUUGGUUGGCUACCUGGCUCUUCACCUGCUCGCCACGGAGUAUAUUGCCUCUGAGAGAUCCAAGGGCGAGGUUCUAGUCUUCAGCCACAGGGCAAUGAAGCGCCGCCCGAGACAAGCUGCGACCGGAGAAAAGACUGACAUGGAGAACGGCACGGCAGCCAGCGUCUACCAGGGCGCUGUUUCAACCGAUGAAGAAGUGGCAAACGUCGAGAAACAGACUUCCAUCUUUCACUGGAAGAACGUGUGCUAUGACGUCAAGAUCAAGGGCCACCCUCGACGGAUUCUUGACCAUGUGGAUGGUUGGGUCAAACCGGGCACACUGACGGCUCUUAUGGUAAGCCGAAACAUACCCUCACCAAACUUAUUAGAACAGGCUGCUAACAAUUCAUAUCAGGGAGCCUCGGGAGCUGGCAAGACGACCCUCCUGGAUGUCCUCGCAAGCCGCGUCACCAUGGGCGUGGUGACGGGAGAGAUGCUCGUAGACGGAAAGCUACGAGACGAGUCUUUCCAGAGAAAGACGGGAUACGUCCAGCAGCAAGAUCUCCACCUAGAGACGUCGACUGUACGAGAGGCACUCACCUUCAGCGCGCUGCUUCGCCAACCCCCAAAGUACACCCGUCAGGAGAAGAUUGACUACGUGGACACUGUGAUCAGCCUGUUGAACAUGGAGGAAUACGCCGAAGCAAUCAUCGGCGUACCAGGCGAGGGCCUCAACGUCGAGCAGCGAAAGCGUCUGACCAUUGGCGUCGAGCUUGCCGCGCGGCCGCAGCUGCUGCUCUUCCUCGACGAGCCGACCUCGGGUCUCGACAGCCAGACAUCCUGGUCUAUCCUCGACCUCUUGGAGAAGCUGACCAACAACGGGCAAGCAAUUCUCUGCACGAUCCACCAGCCCUCCGCCAUGCUCUUCCAACGCUUCAACCGCCUUCUCCUGCUUUCCAAGGGCCGCACGAUUUACUUUGGCGACGUCGGCAAAAACUCCCAUAUUCUCGUCGACUACUUCACCCGCAACGGCGCAUCGCCGCUUCCGCAGGGCGCAAACCCGGCCGAGCACAUGCUCGAGGUCAUUGGAGCCGCUCCCGGUGCGCACACUGACAUUGACUGGCCCGAGGUCUGGCAAAAUAGCCCCGAACGGAGCAGCGUGCAAGCGGAGCUGGAGAGGCUGGCGUCCUCGCAGAAACCGACAACCGCGGGCGAGGAGGAGCCAUCCACCUACGGCGAGUUUGCGGCAUCGCGCAAGGAGCAAUUUCUGCAGGUCACCAUCAGGGUGUUCCAGCAAUACUGGCGAAGCCCGUCUUACAUUUAUUCCAAGGCCCUACUCGCAAUCGGCUCGACGCUCUUCAUUGGACUGUCGUUCAUCAACGGCGGAAAUACGCAGCGAGGCCUUCGGAAUCAGAUGUUUGGCGUAUACAUCCUCCUCAGCAUUUUCCCCCAGCUGGUCAACCAGAUCAUGCCACUCUUCGUAUCGCAGCGUACCAUGUACGAGGCGCGCGAGAGACCCUCCAAAGCAUACUCGUGGAAGGCCUUUUUACUUGCCAACAUUGUCGUCGAGAUUGUUUGGAACUCUCUCAUGGGUGUCUUCUGCUUCGUUUGCUGGUACUUUCCCAUCGGGCUCUACCGAAACGCGGAGUGGACUGAUCAGGUCGACUCUCGGGGCAUCACCAUGUUUCUGCAGAUCUGGAUCUUCUUCAUCUUCACCAGCACCUUUGCAAACAUGAUCAUCGCGGCAAUCCAAACUGCAGAAGUAGCGGGAGGCAUCGUCAACUUGUUGAUGAUCAUGAUGUUUGCGUUUUGCGGUGUUCUUGCAGGACCAAAGGACCUCCCCGGGUUCUGGAUCUUCAUGUACCGGGUCAACCCAUUCACCUAUAUACUGGAAGCUUUUCUCGGAACAAGCCUUGCAAACGCUCCUAUGUACUGCGAGAACAACGAAUACAUCCCCUUCGAUGCCCCCAACGGCCUUACAUGCGGCGACUACAUGUCCGGCUUCAUCUCUGCGGCGGGUGGCUCCCUGAGAGAUUCGAACGCCUCCUCCUGCGAAUAUUGCGCCAUGACCAACACCAACGAGUUUUUGGCCAGCAUCAACAUCUCUUGGAGCCAUAGGUGGAGGAAUUUCGGCUUCAUAUGGGUCUAUUGUGCUUUUAACAUAGCGGCAGCGGUCCUGCUUUACUGGCUCUUCCGGGUGCCCAAGGGAAAGAAGUCGAAGAAUCUGUAGCGAGAUCAAUCAUAGAAUAGACAUGGGCCUGAGCCCUCGGACAUGGAUAAUUGUUUUGUUUAGAGAUAGAACCAAUAGAUGAGCG